AUGUCCAAUCAAAGGUACACUAGUGAAGAGGCCUACAGGAUUCUGAGUAUGUCAGGUGAGUGCGAAGUGGAAGACUCACUGACAGAAUCCGCCUCAGAAUACAAACCUGUAGACAGCAGCGGCACCCUGACAGUUAGCUCAGACGACGGAGAAGAGGUCCCUGCUGAGAUCACGUGUACCCAACCCCAUUUCCAGGUUGCUGAGGUGGUACAAACGCAUGAUGAUUCUCAUAUGCAGCAGAGUGCCAGUACUAGUUCCGCGCUACCUUUUGGUGAACUGGCAAGCACCAGCGGCCUAGUAUGUCCUGGUCUUAUACAUACCAGCACUGCAGUAUCACUUGGUGACGUGGCGAGUCCCAUAAGUGCAGUACAAGCUUGUACAGUGGUGAGCACAAGUAGUGUCCCGCGGCCACCAAGAAUUCGCACACAGGCCCGUAGAGCCCCUAGUAUCCUUUCAGAUGUGCUUGCAAAUCCCGAUUGGCAGCCCACAAAUUCUGCAGCACCCAUACUUCCCCCAUACACUGCCCAACCUGGAAUUCAGGUGGAAACACCAAGUUUAAAUACUCCCAUUGAUUUUUUUGGAGCUGUUUUUCACAGAUGAUCUUUAUGCAUUGAUUGUGGAUCAAAGCAAUUUAUAUGCACAACAAUUUAUCGCCGCCAACCCAAAUUCAAACCUUGCCAGACUAUUCGUAUGGAAACCCAUUACGGUUUCCGAAUUUAAAGUUUUUUUGGGCCUAACCCUCAACAUGGGCAUUACUAAAAAAAAUUAAUUGCGGUUGUAUUGGUCCUCAGACCCGAUUCAUCAUAUGCCCGUGUUCUCUGCUGCCAUGGCCAGGUAUAGAUAUGAGACGAUAUUGCAUUUUAUGCACUUCAAUGACAACAUACUCAGUCCUCCUCGGGGUAAGCCUAAAUUUGACUGGCUCCACAAAAUUCGGCCCCUCGUAAAUCACCUUAAUCAAAAAUUUGCAGAUGUCUAUACUCCCCAGCAAAAAAUCUGCAUUGAUGAGUCCCUCAUUAAUUUUUCUGGCUGCCUUGCAUUCAAUUUCUCCCCAGCAAGCGUGCCAGAUAUGGGGUCAAGAUGUAGAAGACCUGUGAGAGGGCAACAGGCUAUACUUCUACAUUUUGGAUUUACGAAGUAAAAGAUAGUCACGCGGAGCCCCCAGAUGACCAGACUACAUGGGGAGUAGUGGCAAGAUAGUUUGGGACUUAGUGUCAUCCUUUUUCCAUAUGGGGUACCACUUAUACGUGGACAAUUUUUAUUCAAGCGUGCCACUAUUUAGACAUUUGUACAAUCUUGGA